AUGUUCUUCCAGAAUCUACCAACAGAGAUAGUCGAGUGUAUCGCGGAGCAUCUGCAUCACUCCAGUGUUUUGAACGCUCUCUGCAGAGUCAAUCGACGGUUUUACCAUAUUCUAAAUUGGUGUCUUUAUGAUAGAGAUGCGCACAAGUUCUGCAAAGCUCUCCUCUGGGGUGCCUACCAUGGAAACCUCCAGGCGAUGCAAAGGUCUCUGAGACAUGGCGCCAAUAUCCAUCGCAAAGACUGCGAUGACAAGACCCCCUUGACCAAGGCUGUCGAAGGCCAAAGCCUAGAAGCCAUUAACUUUCUGCUCGAUAGAGGAGCCGAGAUUAAUUAUUCCAACACUUAUGCUGACAGUAUCAUGUAUGUUGCUGUUUUCACACGCAAUAUCGAUGUCGUCGAGCUCGUUCUUGCACGUGGCGCAAAACCAGACGCUCUAUCAUACGCGAACACCCGACCACUAUCUCUAGCUGUUUCCAGAGGGGAUUUACAAAUUGCCCAAGCAUUGGUAAAAUCCGGGGCUCGCAUAGAUGAGCCAGGCCCAGGGUACUACACACCUUUGAUCACAGCCGUACACGAGGCCCGCAACGACAUUUUGAAGAUGUUCAUCGAAAACGGGGGUUUUCAAAAUGACAAAGACGGAUCUCUAGGAGCUGAGGCAAUGAGACGUGCAAUAUUGAACGAUAAUAACGAGGCGUUGGACAUUCUUCUCAAAGCUGGGGUAACCCCUGUUCGAGCUGGAUGGCAUGGUCGCUGUCCGAUAAUGGAAGCUGUAAGUUUUGGAAAGAUAGACCUUGCUAUCUCUUUAUCAGACUCAGUGUCAGAUUUGAAACAGGCAAAGGACAAAGACGGUGAAGGACUCCUUUAUUAUGCCGUUGCUAGUGGUAGCAGACGAUACACCAAAUACCUCCUAGACCAUGGAUUCGGUCCAGACGACAGUCAGGAACCAGAUCUACCAGCUGCUCUGGGGGCACUGUGUAAGACCGACUCUGUCUCUACCUGA